AUGGGAAGGGGGAGAGUUGAGCUUAAGAGGAUAGAGAACAAAAUCAAUAGGCAGGUCACAUUUGCUAAGAGAAGAAAUGGGCUGCUCAAGAAGGCCUAUGAGCUUUCAGUUCUCUGUGAUGCUGAGGUUGCUCUCAUCAUUUUCUCCACCCGUGGCAAGCUCUAUGAGUUCUGUAGCAGCUCUAGUAUGAUAAAAACACUUGAAAGGUACCAAAAGUGCAGUUAUAGUGCACUGGAAGCCAACCGACCAGCCAAUGAGACUCAGAGCAGCUACCAGGAAUAUUUGAGGCUAAAAGCAAAAGUUGAGGUCCUACAGCAAUCUCAGAGAAAUCUCCUUGGGGAAGAUUUGGGCCCACUAAACUCAACUGAGCUGGAGCAACUGGAGCAUCAAUUAGAGACAUCCUUGAAGCAAAUUAGGUCAACCAAGACUCAAUUUAUGCUCGAUCAGCUUGUUGAUCUUCAAAAUAAGGAACAAAUGCUGGUGGAAGCUAACAAGGCAUUAAGAAGGAAGUACGAAGAAAGUGAUGCACAAAUUCCCUUUCAACUAACAUGGGAAGCUGGAGGCCAAAGCAUUCAAUAUAACCGCCUUCCUACUCAAUCAAACGGGUUCUUUCAACCUUUGAGUGGCAAUUCCACACUACAAAUCGGAUACAAUCCAGUGGGCCCAGAGGAGAUGAAUGUUGGAGCUCCAGUGGAAAAUAUCCAUGGGUUCAUUCCAGGGUGGAUGCUUUGA